AUGACCGGGGGGGAGAGACUUUCCGAGUUCAUCAUGACGACUAAGACCAUCCAUGGGAACUCGCAAUUCCAGAAGCCCUCCUCUCUACGCUGGACGUGGGAGUCACCCGGUGGAGGGUAUCGUAAUGAAAUAGACCACAUCAUCGUCAAUAAAAGGUUCUGCCUGAUGGACUUCGCUGUUGUACCAAAGUUCUAUACGGGAUCGGACCAUCGCCUCCUUCGAGGCAGAUUUUCCUUUACAAGGAGAGCAGAAAAAGCCGCCAAAUUCAGAGAGAGAAAUCCCAGGACUAUCAUCAACUGGGAUCUCCUCGCUACGCUAGCCGGCUUUUGGGAAGAUUCCGCAAUGGACAACAUCGACGAUGAAUACGACCGGCUUGUUGAACACCUUCACGACUGCGCGAAGAAGGCUGAGAGUUUUAAAACCACCAAGAGACGCCUGUCUCUUAAAACUCUUGAGCUGAUACGCCAGCGUGGAGCAGCACGAGCCGCAGGGAACCAAGAACUCAAGUCCGAGCUCGCAAGGUUUUGCAGAGAGGCGAUAAAGGAAGACCUUAAAGAGAGAAGAGUAGAAGUGCUGGCUGAGGCCGCAGAGGCGGGCAAAAGCAUCCGCUAUGCCCGUCGAGACUUCGCCAGCCGCGCGACGAGGAUGACAGCUCUCCGGAACCCAAAGGGAAUAGCCAUUGCAUCGAGAAGGGGGAUGGAGAAAAUCAUCUACGACUUCUACUCUGAUCUCUUCGACAGCCAUGUCCACUUGCCUCUUCACCAUCUGAGGGAAGAUGGACAAGUCAUUCCAGAGGUUCUCCCGUCCGAAAUACGACAUGCUAUCAUGUCGGUAAGAAAUCGUACGGCACCCGGUCCCGACAAAAUAAGACCAGAACACCUGAAGAACCUUCCGCCAGUACUCAUCAACACCCUGGGGAGGCUCUUUACACGUUACCUGUCGGAAUGCAAGGUUCCUAAACAGUGGAAGACCAGCAAGACCGUGUUGUUGUAUAAAAAGGGAGAUCCACAUGACAUCGGCAACUAUCGUGCAAUCUGCUUACUGUCCGUCAUCUACAAGCUCUUUACAAGAGUGAUCCUUAAUAGGAUUGAAAAAGUCUUGGACAGCCAUGCGAGCAAGCAGGGUUUCGAAAAGGAUUCAACACGAUUGAACACAUUCACACUGUUUCGGAACUCAUCGAGGUAUCACGAGAGUACAAGAUGUCGCUAUGUCUCACAUUCAUCGACUUGA